UUGUUUAUAUAAAUUUUAUUCAUUGCAUGCAUGUGUGACAAAUAGAACAAAGUUUGAUUUUAAAAUCAAAAAUCAAAAAUGGGUAUCGAUCAAGAUGACGAUGAUGAAUUUUUACCCGAUAUGCUUUCAGAUGAAUCUGAAGAUAUGGAUGUAUCUGAUAAUGAUGAUGACGAUAGUGUUGAACAGGAAAAUUCCACCACCAACAAUAACAACAAGAAAACGAAUCGUAAAAAAACGGAGAAAAAGAAAUAUUGUCUUUGCCGUAGUUCUCGUACGGAUAAAUUCAUGAUCAUGUGUGAUAAAUGUAAUGAAUGGUUUCAUGGAGAUUGUGUCAAAAUCACUCAAUCUGAAGCGAAAAAAAUGAAAGAAUAUUAUUGCCUCAUGUGUCGUUCACAAGCGAUGAAUUCUGAAACGAAUCGUACAACUAAAAUCAUGGAUUCAUUCGAUGAUCCACUCAAACAUCGUAUGGAAGAUGAUUAUUCACCUGAUGAUCUCGAUAAUGAUGAUGAUGAUGCUGAUUUUCGUUUGUUGAAUGAGAAAAAAACUCAUAAAAGAAAAUAUCGUAAAAACGUAUCGAAAGAAAAGCCAAAAAAAUCCAAUCAAAAGACAACGAAAAGAGGCCGUAAAAAAGGUCAAAGUACGAAAGCAAAAGGAAAAGGAAAUCGUGGUCGUAAGAAGAAUGUUGUGAAAAAAUCUCAACAUCGUCAUGGACGAUCGAAAGCACAUUCGGAUGAAAGUGGUGAUGAUAGUAAAUCAAUUUUACCACGUCAAUGUUAUGGUCCUGGUUGUAUUUAUGCAGCUCGUAAAGGUUCCAAAUAUUGUAGCGAUCAAUGUGGUAUCAAUUUGGCUGAUAAACGUAUAAUGCUCAUACUACCUCAACGAAUUAAAGAAUGGCAAUCAGUACCCACUGCAGCAGAUGAACGUUCUAAACGUGAACUAGAGGAAAUUGAACUUGAAAUAAUCAGAACACAGGAAAAAAUGAAAGAAAUUGAACAGAAAAAAAUGGAAUUAGAUGAACUAAUUUUUCGUGGUAAAAAUUGUGUACCAUAUACCGAGCAAGAAGAAGCUGAAAUAUUGGAAAAUGAAAAUGAUACUGGUAAUGAUACGAUCAGUUGUGUUACCUGUGCACAAGAAGUUUCGGUCAAAAUGGCACUGAAACAUAUGGAACGUUGUUUCAACAAAGUUGAAAGUCAAGCUUCAUUUGGAUCAAAUAGAAGUACAAAUAAUACACUAUUCUGUGAAACUUAUAAUCCAAGUAAUAAAACCUAUUGUAAAAGACUUCGUGUUAUUUGUCCUGAACACACAAAAGAACCAAGAAUUCCUGAUGAUGAACUUUGUGGCUGUCCAUUACGAUCCGACGAUGAUCCAUUUGAAGAUGAAGCGAAUAAUUUUUGCCGUUUAUUGCGUAAAAAAUGUAAUCUACAUUAUGGCUGGGAAAAGGUUCGUCAAGCUGUAUUGGAUCUAGAAACAUUGGAACAAAUGUAUAAAAAUGAUGAAUUGAUCAAAAAACAAAACAAAAUACGACAAGCAAUGAAUAAUCGUGGUGGUUUAGUACAUCUUUUAUUACAUCAAACCAGAUAUGAAUCUAAUAAUCAUCAUCACAAUGAUGGUGAUGAUGAUGAUGAAACAUCAACAAUCAAUGAAUGUGAUGGUAAAAUUAUUGAUUGAUUUGAAUCCAAAACAAAAUAUCAUAUCAUAAUUUCUGUAAAUAAAUUCAUAAAUUCAUCGUUAUCAAUGUUUGAAUGUCAAAUGUUGAACUUGAUCAUUUGUAAUUUGUCAAAUCUUGUUUAUGUGAAAUGUUAAUAAACUCGACAUACAUACAUA